GGUCCCGGUCCCACACAUCGCGUAGCAGCGGGGACGCGGAGGCGGGGCCAUGGCGGAGGUGCCGGAGCAGGCCCGGGCCGAGGCGGCGGCCGGCGCGGAGGAGACCGUGAAGAUCAUCUGCCUGGGCGACAGCGCCGUGGGCAAGUCCAAGCUGCUGGAGAGGUUCCUGCUCCACAGCUUCUGCUCCCAGCAGCUCUCCACCUUCGCCCUGACGCUCUACAAGCACCGCGCCCGGGUGGACGGGCGGGCGGUCCUCGUGGACUUCUGGGACACAGCUGGACAGGAGAGGUUCCAGAGCAUGCAUGCAUCUUAUUACCAUAAUGCUCAUGCUUGUAUCCUGGUGUUUGAUGUGCAGCGGAAAGUCACUUACAAGAACUUGAACAGCUGGUACAAGGAGCUGAGGGAAUUCCGUUCAGAGAUUCCGUGCAUUGUGGUGGCCAACAAAAUUGAUGCGGAUAUGAAGGUGACCCAGAAAAGCUUCAAUUUUCCCCGGAAGUUCAGUUUGCCCUUUUAUUUUGUGUCUGCUGCAGAUGGCACCAAUGUAGUGAAGCUCUUCAAUGAUGCCAUCAAACUGGCAGUUGCUUACAAACAGAAUUCAGGAGAUUUCAUGGACGAGGUCAUGAGAGAACUGGAGAGCUUUGACCUGCAGAAAAGUGAGAAUUUGUUGGAUCAAGAGGAGAGCUGCCCUGAAGAGAAUCCCCCAUCUGCCUAAGCCCUGGACUCUGAGUCUGAGUUUCCCUUUGUUCCAGAUUUCUGGGGCUAAUUAAAGCUGGCCUUCAUAAAGGAAAGUGAUUUUUCUCUUGCCCUGAGAGCUCAGCUGGGUUCUCCCACUCUUGUGGGAGAUUCUCUAGCCAUGACUUUUCUUGAUGUGGCCUGAGCUGCUGCGUAUCAUCGUCAAGGAGAGGGUGAGAAUAUCCACAAGGCUGCUGGUUACUGCUUGCUUCUUCAAGGCAAAGCUUGCCUGGAGAGUUCAGCCACUCUGGGACCUACAGGGAAGGGACCUGUCUGGAAGCUUUAAUGGUACCUAUUGGAGAAAACAAACACUAAAAACUAUUUGUAUUUUAUAUAUAUAUAUAUAUAUAUAAAACUUUGAGCCUACAUCCUUCCUGCACUUCUGUUCUAAAGCAGUAGUCCAGUUACUGUACAGUAUUAAAUC